GAGUCGAUCUGGUACCUACACCGGACGUGUUAUUUAACGACUGGCCGAGGAGCAGAGCGGACUUGUUUUCACUCAUUCCACUACGAGCAGCUGCCACGUGUUUUCCCUCGAGUGAACCAGGAUCAGUGCGGACUCCCCCCCCCCCCACACCUUUCAAUCAUUUGAACGAUUCACAUCCUCAACAUGACGCCCCCCAAGCAAAAUCUCUGCUGCCCACUCUGCCCUGCUGAAUAUACCUACAUAGGCAAGCACCUGAAAAACAAUCAUGGCUUGAAAAACAUAGAAGAGCGAAAAAUAUUGAUGAAGUACUGUAAUGGGAGGAUCAAUAUUAGAAAGAUGCCCUGUCCAGUGGAUGGCUGCGGUUAUGUAAGCACUAGGCUGGACAGGCAUAUUGAUCAAGCUCACCCUGAGGUGGAGGCUGAGCGGACGGCCCAGAUGAUAAAUGAUUUGAAGUACCAGGUCACCAUGCAGAUGCUGCGAGCUUUGAGGGCGACAAACCCAAGCCCUCCAAUGGUCUCACGCUUAGACAUAAACCCAGAAGCAACUGAGGAAGCAAAUCAGCAUCGUCCCACAUUUGAACGUCUUCCUGAAGAUCCAUCCCCUUCAUCCUGCACCCGGUGCCAAGGGCUUCAGGCAAAGAACCUUCAGCUAACAACAGACUUGGGGGAACUCAGAAAGAAAUUGCUGUGCCGGUACAGAUGGGCCGAAAGGGCAAAGAAGGCGAUCAAACGACUGGAGGAGGCCCUCCAAAAGAGAUCCACAGGCCCGGUUCCCAGUGUGGACCUUGAUGCGCUGGAGGAUGAAGCUUCCUCUUCUGAUGAAGAACCAGAGCGCGGCAGGCGAUCUAAAUCGAAGGAGGAAAGACGCACCACCCUCUAUUUGUCCAAAGAGUACCCCAAAUUCCCACCAAGCAUCUUGGAAUACAUCACAGAUUAUUGGCAGCACCUCAAAGGCACCCGUGGGCUGAAGAAAAAAAUAGAAAAUCAAAAAUCCAAAGUGGGUCGCAUCAUGAUGUUCCUCUCGUUUAUCACAGAAGGGCGGACAAUCCUCCCAAAUUGGACCUUCCUUCCGAAUAUUUCCAGGAUAUACCAGUGGCCAGAACAUCUGCUAAACGAGAGCAAGGCUGAGAACACGGUGAAAGCCUACCUGGUCAAUGUGUCCCAGUUCCUGACCUACUUCAGGGACAACCCUCCCUCCUCAUCCAGGGUUCCUAAAACAGCCGUGUUCACCGUGCUUCGUGCCAUCUCAGAGUGCAUUUCAAACCUCGCCUCAGCUGUGGUCAUCCGUCAGAUACAGAUCAAGAAGAGGAAGUUGAGCAGAGCCAUCCCCAAGGACCAACUCCACCUCUGCAAGGUCCGGGCCAGGAGGCGCAUCCCUGAACUUCUUGAUGAACUGGCUGAGGACCCCAAACCGGAGACCCGCAGGAGCUUCUUCGGGUACCUCAGCGUGUAUAUAGCAAGCCUCUAUGGACACCGGACCAGUUUUCUCAAGAACAUGACCGUCUCAGAGGUCGACGAGGCCCAGAAGGAGGCCACAGUCGGGGACGUGGGCUUUGUGAUCAAUGUGAAGAAGCACAAAACCAAUCAGGCGUUCGGGCCGGCGCAGCUCUACUUAACUCCAGAGGAGUUCUCGUGGGUGGAGCAGUGGGUGCUCGUCAGGGAGAAAUUGAACCCACCCACAGACCUUCUUCUCUUCACAGAGAACUUCACAAAGAUAGAAAAACUAAUUGUGCCGAUGCAAGCCGCCUGGCGGGACAUGGGGUUGCCCGGGUGCCCCACGUUCAACGAUUUCCUGACAUCAACAGCGACAUACGCAAGAAAUAUUCUGUCCCCAAGUACCUGGUCCAACAUUUCGAAGACCGUGUGUCAUGGCACACGGUCAGCGGACAAACACCACGCCCUCCACCUCUCAGCAUUACAGCUAGCUCAGAUCCGUGAGGAUUUCGAGCUAGCAAUCAAGCCAUCACAUAUGAUGGGACGUGGCACUGAUGAACCUCCUCUCCUCACCUUGUCAGAGUCAUCAUGUGAGUCGGAUGACCAGGGGAACAGAUCUCAGAAGAAGAAACUCCCACACCUUGUGCUUGAGGAUGCUGCAUCCAGCUCGCCUGCUCCUCGUCCUGCAUGUACACGGUCCUCAUCAUCAUCCAGCUCCGGGUCUUCCUCCAGCCAGGCCACUGGAUCCCAAUCAGGAUCAAGCCAAUCCACCGAGUCCAGCCCUGAUUGCACUUCUCACAACGACCCUUCAUAUGCCCCACAAGUACAAAAGAAGAAAAGAAAAAGAGCAUCUCACCGAUGUUAACAUACAGAUUGUUGGGAUAAACGUUAUACUUCAUUAACCGAUUUAUCUUAUGAUGUAGUAAUGUAAGCUUCUGAUAUAAUCAUAUUGGUCACAUGAUAGCUUAAUCAUGUCUGUGAGAAGAAACAGAAGACACUCUGUUUCUUCUCCUUCCUGAAACAAGAAGACUCAGCUACAAGAUUAUGUGCUGACUGAACGUGAUUGCUCAGCUGUGUAUCUU